AAAAAAAAAAAAUAAUAAACAUUUAUUUUAAUAAAAAUCUAAUUACAAGAAAAUUUAAGUAAUCAUGAAUCGAAUUUUUAUUUUGGCAUUCGUUUUAUUUGCUAUGCUUUUUGCGGUCAAUGCAGCACCACUUGAACUUGUAAAAAGAGAAACUAAAUUUUCACCAUGUCCCGGUUUGCCACCAGAUGUAGUGGGACUCGAUGUAAAAAUGACACCUGAUCCUUUCGUUCCUGGACAAGAAGAAACGUUUGACAUUAAGGGAACAUUGAAAAAAGAUGUUGUCGCUGGAGAUUUGUUAGGUCUUGGAUUCAUCGAUCUUGUCGCGCAAGCACCCAUAGGAAUUCCCCUUGUUGUGGAUAUUUGUACAAUACCUGGAGUUACUUGUCCGAUUAAAGCCGGAACUGCAUUUUCUACAACGCAGAAAUACACUGCACCAAAAGAUUUGCCUCAAUCAUACGUUAUUUUAGUUGCAAUGCAACAUGGAACACCACCUAAUGUUGAAGCAUUAGCCUGUUCAGCUGCUAUUUUUGGUCCUAGUGAUUCUUCUGCUGUACCUGACUUUUGGAGUUUUUUAUAAGUGUUUGAUGUACCCAUUUUACACGAAUCUUUAAUUAAUAAUAAGUAAAUUAAUAGUUAAUUAAUUAAUAAUAAUUUUAAUUUUAUUUUAUUUUAAUUUUUUUUUUUAUAUUUAUUAAAUAAAUAAAUAAAUUCUUUUUUUGCGUUUAAAAAUAUUUUAAAUGUGAAAUAUUUUAU